AUGUCCUCCGUCGCCGUACCCGAAAAGACCCCUGAUGAUUCUUCUAAGCUGAAGACAUUUCUCUCUAUCCUGCGCAAAUUCGUGGGUGUGACAGAUAUUGCCUCAGUCCGUUUCUCGUUACCAGCUCAACUGCUGGAGCCGCGACCAAAUCUGGAAUACUGGAAUUACCUGGACCGACCUGAGACAUUCGCGAGUAUCGGUACAUCGGACGAUGAACUAGGUCGGAUGCUGGAGGUGUUAAAGUUCUGGUUUACCAAAGACUUGAAAUAUAUCAAGGGCAAGCCAUGCAAACCGUAUAAUUCGACACUGGGCGAAUUCUUCCGAUGCAGCUGGGAAGUGCAAAGUCUUGCCCCUGAGGAGGCUAACCUCCCUGGGGUCAAGACUGAUGCCAAUGGGGUUAUCGUGGAAGAUGGUGAUAAGAAAGUCAAAGUGUGCUAUUUGACCGAGCAAACUUCCCAUCAUCCACCUGUCUCAGCUUUCUACAUUGAAUGCCCUGAACGAGGGGUAUCCGCGCGAGGAUUUGAUCAACUUAGUGCAAAGUUUACUGGUACAAGCAUUCGCGUCAGUCCCGGACAACAUAAUCUUGGCAUUUUCGUCAACAUCGAAAAAAGAGACAACGAGGAGUAUCAGUUGACGCAUCCUCAUGCACACCUGGGUGGCCUACUUCGGGGCGCUCUCUCUAUUACAGUGUCGGAUACUUGUUACAUCACCUGCCCUAAGACUGGCAUGAAAGCUAUUCUACAAUACCUGGAAGAAGGGUGGAUCGGCCGCUCGCAAAAUCGGAUGGAAGGCGUGGUGUUCCGAUAUAACCCGGAGAAAGAUACAAUAACGAAGUCAAAGGAUGUUCCGGAGAGCGAUAUCAUUGCCCGAGUCAACGGGUCAUGGCAUGGCAAAAUUUACUAUACUCCGGCCGGCACCAAAGACCCUAUUCUACUUAUUGACAUUGAACCUCUAUACCCUGCUUCGAAAGACCUGCCCCCCUCCGAGCAGCAGCUGUCUAACGAAUCCCUGAAGUUCUGGGGCGAGGUCACUGAUGCCAUUGUGGGCAAACAAUUCACCGAAGCUACCAAACUCAAGCAGGAUAUUGAGGAGCGGCAACGUCAGCGGGCGGCGGAGCGCAAGGAGCAAGAGGUGGAAUGGAAACCACGCUUUUUCACUGGCGCAGUGACCCCCCUAGGCAAGCCCGAACUCACUGAGGAGGGUGAGAAGGUCUUGCAGGGUAUUCGAGAUGGGCAAUUUGCCUUGGAGGAAAGUACCGUACUGGGCGCAUAG